CUAUAAAUCUUCUGCAAAAGGGUGGUGCAACUACAGACCGAACAUUCAGAAAUGUCCGGUUUAGGAUAUCCAAACAUGUCACAAGGAGAAGGUUUUUUUCCCGGUGACAACAACCUGCCACUCUUUAACCAUAACAACCGAAUGGAGCUCCAACAAUAUCCUAGAAGAUCCAAACCUUCUCUUUCUCCUACUCUUGGUGAGCUCCUAAAGCGUGUAGAAGAUGCGCAAAGCGACACCUCCAUUGACAGCACUCCUGUCCAUCAUCAAGCCCUUGAGCUAGGCUAUGCCUGUAGCUCUAUGCCACCAUCGAGCCCCUUUGUUCUUUCUUUUAACAACUUAACAUACAGUGUCAAAGUUGGCCAAAAUAUGCCGUUUCCAGUCUGUGGAAAGGAGGACUUGUCACAUGGUUCUUCAGAGACAGCUAGCAUGAAGGUUUUGUUGAAUGAUAUAUCAGGAGAAGCGAGAGAGGGGGAAAUUAUGGCUGUUCUUGGGGCUAGCGGGUCCGGAAAAUCCACAUUGAUUGAUGCACUUGCUGACCGAAUUGCAAAGGAGAGCUUGAAAGGGUCUGUGACUUUGAAUGGUGAGGUCUUGGAGUCAAGGCUAUUGAAAGUGAUAUCUGCUUAUGUGAUGCAAGAUGAUCUUUUGUUUCCUAUGCUUACUGUGGAAGAGACACUGAUGUUCUCGGCCGAAUUCAGGCUUCCCCGCUCCCUCUCCAGGUCAAAAAAGAAAGCAAGAGUUCAGGCCUUGAUCGAUCAGUUAGGCUUGCGGAAUGCAGCCAAUACUGUGAUUGGAGAUGAAGGACAUAGAGGCGUGUCAGGAGGUGAAAGAAGAAGAGUUUCUAUUGGAACUGACAUUGUUCAUGACCCGAUUCUCUUGUUUCUUGAUGAGCCAACUUCAGGGCUUGAUUCAACUAGUGCUUUUAUGGUUGUUAAGGUUUUGCAGCGCAUCGCACGAAGCGGAAGCAUUGUGAUCAUGUCCGUGCACCAACCAAGUUACAGAAUCUUGACCGUACUUGACAGUUUGAUCUUUCUUUCACAUGGACAAACAGUAUAUGGUGGCUCUCCAGGAGGUCUUCCAGAUUUCUUUGGUCAGUUUGGACAUCCAAUUCCUGAGAACGAGAACCGAACUGAGUUUGCGCUGGAUUUGAUUCGUGAACUUGAAGAAGCUCCUGAUGGAACCAAGACCCUAGUUGAAUUCAACAAGACAUGGCAAACCAAGAAAAAUCCCACGAACACAACCUGCAAUGUAUCCAAGCUUUCACUCAAGGACGCAAUAAGUGCCAGCAUUUCGAGAGGCAAACUGGUCUCCGGUGCCCCAAAUAAUUCAAACUUGACAUCUUCAGUUCCAACCUUUGCCAAUCCACUCUGGGCUGAAAUGAUGGUUAUAAGCAAAAGAUCAUUACUCAAUGCAAAAAGAAUGCCUGAAUUGUUUGGAAUUCGCCUUGGCGCUGUUCUUGUUACAGGUAUAAUCUUGGCUACCGUUUUCUAUCAUCUUGACAACUCUCCCAGAGGUGCGCAAGAGCGAUUGGGCUUCUUUGCUUUCGCCAUGUCCACUACUUACUACACCUGUGCAGAAUCUAUCCCUGCCUUUCUCCAAGAACGUUAUAUUUUCAUGAGAGAAACCGCCUACAAUGCUUAUCGCCGCUCUUCAUACGUUCUUGCUCACUCUCUAAUCUCAAUUCCCUCUCUGAUCGUACUUUCUAUUGCCUUUGCUGCAACAACAUUCUGGGCUGUAGGACUUGAUGGUGGGUUUUCUGGGUUCUGCUUCUACUUCUUCGCAAUCUUGUCUGCAUUUUGGGCUGGAAGUUCGUUUGUUACUUUUCUUUCAGGUGUUGUCUCUCAUGUUAUGCUGGGUUUCACCAUUGUGGUUGCCAUCUUGGCAUACUUUCUUCUCUUCAGUGGAUUCUUCAUCUCUCGAGACCGAGUCCCAUCGUACUGGAUAUGGUUUCACUAUAUAUCUCUGGUGAAAUAUCCAUAUGAGGCAGCUCUGCAAAAUGAAUUUCAUGAUCCAACAAAAUGUUUUGUUAGGGGUGUGCAAAUGUUUGACACCACACCUCUUGCUGCGGUGCCAUUGUCGUUGAAAUUGAAUAUGUUGAAGAGCAUUAGCAGCACUUUGGGCAUGAACAUUACAGGCAACACUUGUGUAGUCACAGGAACAGAUAUUCUAAGGCAACAAGGGAUAACACAAAUAAGCAAAUGGAAUUGCUUGUGGGUCACUAUUGCUUGGGGGUUUUUCUUCAGGAUUCUUUUUUAUUUUGCUUUGUUGUUGGGCAGCAAGAACAAGAGGAGGUAAAUAGGAUAAAUUUUAUGGGUCUUUAACAAGAAUGGAGCUACCAAAGAACAUGAUGGUGAGGGAUUCUUCUAGUUAUUGAUCACCGUAAAAUUUAUUGGUGGUUCUUGGCUUCUGCACCCAAAAAAAAAAUUAAGGCAAUCAUACAGUUUUCUUUCUUUCUUCCCUCGUAUACUUAGGAGGCUUAUUUUGUAUUUGUUCCUUUACCAUUCAGAAAAGUAUCUUUCUUAAAUUUCAUGUUCAAAUUUGAUGUAA